UAACUCCAAGUCUUUGCUCUAUCCCUAUUGGCGGGUGGUCCAGUGCCUUGGUGUCACCAAGCUAGCGUGUCCAAUUAUUGAGGCUUCUAGUUUUUCUUCUAAAAUUAUAAAAGAUUAAGCAAUUGUCAAUAGUCACACACAACUGACAACUCAAGGUGGAGGAGAUGGAGAAGAAGGAGAGGCAUUUUGUGCUGGUUCAUGGAGCCUGUCAUGGAGCAUGGAGUUGGUACAAAGUGGCAACCCUACUGAAAUCGGCUGGUCAUAAAGUAACAGCCUUGGACUUAGCUGCGAGCGGGAUUCACCCAAAGCAAGCACAUGAGCUCAGAUCAUUAUCAGACUACAUUGAGCCUUUGAUGGAAUUCAUGGCAUCUCUUCCAGCAGAUGAAAGAGUCAUCCUAGUGGGCCACAGCUUUGGUGGAGCCUGUAUCUGUGUUGCCAUGGAAAAGUUCCCUGAGAAAGUUUCUGUUGCAGUAUAUGCUACAGCCCAUAUGUUUGGUCCUGACCUCAAUUUCUAUGCAGUAAAUGAUGAGUUCUUUCGAAGAUUGGAUUCGCUCAUGGACUCACAAUUCACAUUCGAUCAAGGGCCCAACAACCCACCAACCACAGGGCUAUUUGGGUCCAAUAUGAUGGCAUCCAAGUUAUACCAGCUCUCCCCACCUGAGGAUUUGACACUUGCUAUGUCGUUGGUGAGACCUUUUCGUCUUUAUGGUCAUGAUGCAUUGUUGUUAAAAGAAGCAAAACUAACCAAGGAGAAAUAUGGGUCAGUUCGUAGAGUUUAUAUUGUGUGUGACCAAGACAGUGCUAUGAAGGAGGAUUUUCAAAGGUGGAUGAUCGAGAAAAAUCCAACAGAUGAAGUGAAGGUGAUAAUUGGUUCCGAUCACAUGGUUAUGUUUUCCAAACCGAAGGAGCUGUGCUCAUGUCUCCAAGAGAUUGUGGAGAAAUAUUCUUAAAUUUCUUAUUUAUGCCAUAUUGCUGUUGGACUUCUGAAUAUAUUCUUCACAAUGUAUCUGAUAUAAUGUAUGGGUAAAAUCGAUUAUUCUGUGUGUAAUAAGCAUCAUCCAUAAUAUUUUUUUCUAAAAAAACAUAAUGUUAGUGAAAUUAUUACAAAUGCGCAAUAACAUAUAUAAUAUCCACUCUUGCUA